CUAUAAAUCACCCUCCUCCCCUCUGCGCCGAAUCCGAAGGCUGGGACCCGAAGGACACAAAGGAGCAGAACCUCGUGGACGUGGUGAAUGGGCUGAAAGCGACCUGAGACCAGCGGUGGCGUCCGUGUGAUGGGAGCCGAGCAGGAUGGGAAACAAGCAGACGACCUUCACCGACGAGCAGCUGGAGGCCUUUCAGGACUGCACCUUCUUCACCAGGAAGGAAAUCCUGAGGUUACAUGGACGAUAUCGUGAACUCGCUCCUCACCUGGUGCCUCUGGAUUACACCAACAACCCCGACAUCAGGGUUCCUCCCACGCUCAUUGUCACUAUGCCGGAGUUCAAGGAGAACCCGUUCAGAGACAGAAUAGUGGAAACGUUCUCUGAGGACGGAAACGGGAACCUGAGCUUCAACGACUUCGUCGACAUGUUUUCUGCUCUCUGUGAAACUUCACCCAGAGAACUCAAGACCAUCUACGCCUUCAAGAUCUACGACUUUAACAGGGACAACUUCAUCUGUAAGGAGGAUCUGAAGAAGACCCUGAACAAGCUGACCAAAGGAGAGCUGACCCCAGAGGAGGUAACACUAGUCUGUAACAAAUCCAUGGAAGAGGCCGACCUUGAUGGGGACAGCAAGCUUUCCUUCUCCGACUUCGAGAAUAUGGUCUCAAAGGCUCCGGACUUCCUCAGUAACUUCCAUGUACGGAUAUGAGACAUUUCGGCAGCAGAGGACGAACGUGCCACCUCGUCUUCAGGCAUCCUCCUGAGAACUCAGACCCACCUCAACUCAGUGCCUGUCCUUUGUGAGGGUCUUAUUCUGCUCUGGACUCAGAGGGCAAGCAGUAAAACCCCUUUUCCUCUAAAGAGGUUUGAAUGGGGAUCAUUUUAUACAGAGAGAGGAGCGAUCUCCACCGAGGAUCUCUUGGCCAACGGGGCUUUUCUGACUUCCGUGCUUUGCAGAAAGGUCGGAUCCAUCGAAGGGAUUCAUUAUCAAAAGCACAGUUUUAAAGGGCAACACGUGACGAGCUCUGCAGCGGGUCUCUGCUCGUUACAGCUGUUCGCUUCCUCGUUCUGGUGCUCAGCGACAAUCAAAGUAAACUGUAGUUCAGUUGAUGGAAGGGCUCUUUGUCAUCUCACCUGUACACGGCUUUGAUUAAUCUCUUUCCCCGAAGCUUUGUUCACUCAUGAAAUAAAUAAAUAAAUAAAAUAUA